AUGGUCUCUUCAAAACUUAUAGCCACCACCUUUGCAUACGUCACCUUUGCCGGCGUCAACGCUGGACUGUGUCGGCCUAGUUACUCUUCCAUCGAGCUCUCUUCUUCCACUACGCUACUGCCUAUUGCUACCGUCACUGCUGCUACGACCACAGAGACUGGCGCAUCUGCCACCACUGCUGGAGACACAGAGACAAUCGCAACCACUCUCUCAACGUAUACUACGACUGCGAGCACUGAAACUCCCACGACAGCGCCCCAACCCGACACCAAGCUUGCUGAUAUUUUCGGCCUUACAUAUGUGCAGUGUCUCGCUGCAUGCGAUAAUAACCCUGCCUGUGUGGCUGUCAACUACCUCCCGAACACGCAGCAAUGCACUCUGCUUCCCAACCCCGACACCAAGCCUGGCGAGAUUUUUGGCCUGACAUAUGUGCAAUGUCUUGCUGCAUGCGAUGCUACCACCUCCUGUGUAGGUGUUGACUACCUUGGGGUCACACAAAAAUGCAAACUUCUCUUCAGUUCCACAAAUCCUCCCGAUCCCGGAAGCAACCUUAAUGAGCUAUCUGGCCUUACAUAUGCCGAGUGCCUUACUGCGUGCGAUAAUGCCCAGUUAUGUGUAGCUGUGAACUACUCAGCGGAUACACAGAAGUGUACUCUUCUCCCCUCUGCUUUGUAG